AUGGACCAGAAAGAUGACUUUUUUGGCAUUCGUGAAGCCACGGAAACAUCCCUUCCACGACAUAUGGAAGCUGCAAUUAUGUUACGGUCAAGGACAAUGGGGAAAAAUCGUCGUGAAGCUUCCAAUAAACAAAAUGUUGUUUCAGACCAGAGAGAUUCACGUAACUCAAAUAUGGCAAUUGAUACCUCUGGCACUGAUUACAUCGAUUCGUUGUAUUUCGGUGCUUUUGAGAAUACUGAGAUUGGUAAAGAAGAAAAUAGCAAAGCUGAUAAUGCUACAUCUGAUGCAUCUGGUAUCGACUAUGUUGAUAUGCUGUAUUUCGGUGAUUUCUUAAACAAUCGAUCUACACUGGACGUGAAUAAAAGAUUAGCUGAGCAACAUCCAGAUGGAUCAUCAAAUGAUUUUGUAGAAGAUUCCAACGAGGACGGUGACAAUGACGGUGACAGGAUUGUCCAAUCAGUUGAAGCAUUGGAUUUAAAGACAUACAAUGAUAUGGGUAUCAAGAAAAUAUGGGAAGAAAUUGAACCGGUGUGGAAAAUGAACAACGAUGACCUAGUUAAUAUAAUGACUAAUCGGAUUAUUUAUGAAGACGAGGAACUUAUUGCAUUCAAUAAGCCAUAUCAAGUAGCUUGUUCAAAUGCACCCAGCAAUCAAGCUGAAUUAUUACGCAUUCUUCCUCAACUUUCUUCUCGUAUAACACCACAUAUGAAUUGCUUGCGAAUUGUAAAAUCCAUCGGGAAAUCUGUUACUGGAGUGACAUUGUUUGCAAAGAAUCAAAAUGUUCAGGAAAAAAUAAAAACUUUGUACGAAAAUGGAUUAAUAGAGCAGUGUUACCGUGUUAUUACAAAUAUGGCACCCGCACAUCAAGAAGCUACUAUUAACAUUCCUCUUGUCAAAUGUAGGAGAAAAAAUAACAAUUACGUGAUGUUACCAUUGAGUGCAAACAGUAGCAAUGAAAUUACUCCAUUUUUGGAAGCAAGUACAUAUUAUCGUGUUCUCAGACAUGAUCCCAAAAAUCAUACUAGUUAUAUGGAGUGUGUCGUCAAUUGUGACGUUCCGGAGCAAAUACGCGCUCAUCUUGGUAUUGGUAUUGCAUGUCCCAUUAUUGGUGAUAUCAAAUAUAAUUAUAGUCGUCGAGAAGCAGGACGAGGUAUUCCACCACGAUUAUCCGAUAGUGCAUUGCGAGAUUUAAAUAUUGCUGGUAAUUCAUUUCGUCGACUACCAAUGUACAUACAUUUGAAAGAAGUGAUAAUUCCACUGUCAAAACAAAGCUCAAACAAAAUUCAUAUUUGUGCUCCUAUACCGUCUUUUUUCACAUAUACUUUAAGAAAAUUACGAUUGUUGAAAAAAUAA